UUCACUCACGCGCGUCGCCUCUCACCGGAUCCAAGCAGGACUCAGCACUGGCUUUGAAUCGCGUCGACUGCCUCUUCAGUGAUGGUCCAAACUGUUGUGCCAUGAAAGGAGAUUCGGAAAGUGUCGACGGCUGUGCUACUUACACACAGUAUCCAAUGAGCUCGUCGAGGUCCAAUCGAGGUCACCGCGCCGUUCGAAGAACCAGCGAUGCUGAGAACCUCAGGCAGACGCUGUGCGCUGUAAUGUCGGGGAAGGGCCUCUUCUGCAGCGUGUUGUCCAUGUGUUUGAGGACGUCAAGAUGUCACUGUCCUCUGAGGACUUCGUGAUAUCCCCCGGCAUAACGCGAGCGGAUGCAGCAAUGCACAUGCUCUCAAGCUCUCACGACUCAAUAGCCACCACCUCCAGCUUGCCGCAAUCUCAACCACGCUCGCAACCGGAGAGUAUCAUGGCGUCCGUAUACGCAUCGUCCUCUUCCCUGCCGCCAGCCGCUGCUAGCUCAUCGAGCAAUGAUCGCAAGCUUGCUGAUGCCUAUCGCGAGGCCGUUAAGCCUGAACACGCCGGUGCUCAUGAACAGCGCUAUCUCGAUGCCUGGACAUCCACUAAGGUGAUCAAAGGCCUUUCACAGAUAUUCCCGCUUUGCCUUGCUGCCGAGGCAGAGCCCCUUCAUCUCGAGGGGCUCUCUUCCGAUGCCCUUGCGCAAAUGAUCGACGCAAAGGAGGCCUCCAUGUCUACGCGUCGUGCCGAGCUUGAAAUCAUGCAGGCCCAGAUCGCUGAAAAGCGCCGUCAAAUCGAUCUCCUCCAUUCACUCAUGGAAACUCAGAAACUCAGCAUCCGACUUGCAGUGACUCAGUUGAAGGAGGCAGAGUCCUAUGCCCGUGCGCGAGGCAUCGACAUCGAGGCUGAAUUGGCAAAGAAGGAGCGGGCGCGGGAGGAGAAGAUUGCCGCUGAAGCUCGUGCUUCAGACGAGGACUCGGAGGGCGAUGAGACUGACGAGGAAGACAGUGACGGGGGCUCUGUUGACACGGUGAUGGCCGGUCCCGCGGGUGGUCGUGAGCGAGUUGCAAAGAACGGGAUGCAGCAGUAGCUGUGCUGAGGCAGCUGUAUGUCUAUCUAUCUGGCUCCUGUAUUGCUUGCUGACAUGUGCAACUUGCUCUUGUUUGCUGGCGUGCCUUCGAAGAACUUGGGGUACAUGCCUUUGAAU